GUGUUUCCACCCGGAAGUCCACGUCAUUCCUGUUUCGACAGCCACAAGUCAGCUGAAACCCAGAGACUGAACCCGAAUAAAUUCUGAGCUGAGAAGAAAACUUGUAGUUUUAAUCUGGGAACUAACAUGGCGGACGAAGCCACGCGCAAGGCCGUGUCCCAGAUUCCGCUGUUGAAGGCGCACGCGGGGCCGAGGGACCGCGCGCUGUGGCCGCAGAGGCUGAAGGAGGAGUACCAGGCGCUGAUCCGGUUCGUGGAGCAGAACAAGGGAGCCGACAAUGACUGGUUUCGUCUGGAAUCUAACGCGGACGGUACGCGGUGGACCGGCACUUGCUGGUUCAUUCACGAGCUGCUGCGCUACGAGUUCCGGCUGGAGUUUGACAUCCCGGUGACCUAUCCCGACACCGCGCCCGAGGUAGCGGUGCCAGAGUUGGACGGUAAAACGGCUAAGAUGUACCGCGGAGGAAAGAUAUGCCUCACCGAUCACUUCGCACCGCUCUGGGCCCGGAACGCGCCCCGGUUCGGCCUCGCGCACCUGAUGGCGCUGGGUCUCGGCCCAUGGCUCGCGGUGGAGAUCCCGGACCUGAUCAGCAAGGGACUCGUGGUCCACAAGGGGCAGCAGCGCGAGGCGGCUGAGUGACGUCACGGAACAAAAAUUGUUCAAACUAUGAAAACAAUGUACUGGAACAUCACUGAUAACAUCCGUGCAGCGUGUGGGAAAUUAUGUUAUGUAAUAAAGUGAUAUUUAUGAUACUUUAUUAUGAUUAUAAAAUACCAUGGAGUUGGACAGUGAUGAUGCAACUUAAUCUUCUGUAAAACAAUGAUCAGACAAUGUAGGUUGUGAAGAGCGGAUUCUAAUGUACAACAAUGUCCUCGAAGAAAACGUAAUUGUCACUUAAGCUGAAACAGAAACGUCAUUAAUAUUUGUUUUGAGUCAAUGAUGUAAAGAAACAUCAAUUCCACUUUUUGUUGUAUUUUUAUUGUUGAUCUUAUUUUCCACCUCAUGUCAGUAAACUUGGAUAAGCUCCUCCCACUCAGCUGGAGGCCACACCCCGUUUUCUUGCACAUUGCUUGGUGAUGACUUCCAGUCCCAGCUCCUCACAGGAAUGCUCCAGGUGGUGCCAUAGUUUGCCGUCACAUAAUCCAGUGUUUCACACGGAACACGAACCUUGAGCUCCAGAAGCUCCGUCCAGCAGAGUGAGAAGCGAGGGAAGAUGUACCUGACGAAAAAGUAACAUUGUGAUAAAUGUGGCGACCUUGCUGGCAAACAGUGUUUCAUGUCACGUCGAGUUUUACAUACUUGAACUUCCUGCCGCUCUUUGCCUGCGUUCCACCGUUCCACACGAUGUCUCUCUCUUCAUAGAAAAAGAAAAUGUCCAGUUUGACGUCUCCACUCACAAAUGACAAUUCCAGACUGUCGUCUACCUGCGGUUCACAAUAAAAGACCCAAAAUUAAAGACUCAAAAUACAUGCAUGUUCUCCCUGUGUGUGUGGGGGUUUUCUGCACAUUCUCCGGUUUCCUCCCACAGUCCAAAAACAAAAAGAUAUGGGGAUUUGGCAAAUUGGACACUCUAAAUUGACCAAAGGUGUGAGUGUGAAAGUGAAUAGUUGUUUGUCUCCAUGUGACCCUGUAAUGGACUAGCGACCUAUCCAGGGUGGACCCCGCUUUUCAACCCUAUGUCAGCUGGGAUUGGCACCAGUGCCGCCUCCCACGACCCUCAUGUGGAGGAUAAAGGAGCAGAUGGAUGGAUGGACCCAAAUUAAAGUCUCAACACAAAGGGAAAUACACAACUGCUCAAAAUAAAAAGACCUGUUUCAACACGAAGAUAAAUAAAGUCUCUGUAAGUAAGAGUCAAUAUGUUCACGAAAGACGCAAAAACAAAAAUAAUAAACUGAGUUCUGACCUUUCCAAACUUG